UCUGUGCCGACGGCAAGUUUUGCUGGAGGCAGACAAACACGUAGCCACCCCGGUACGUUUGUGAACGGACUGAAAUAGACAUUAAAAUGACUGCGCCAUGGGCCAUGAGAGAUGAAGAAUGACCUGCAGUAGACUGUUCAACUUUUAAUGGAGUUCAUUUUUAAUCCAAACAGAGCACAGAGGCACUGAGGGGGAUCGGAAUUUACCGGUGACAAGUCAGAGAGGAAAAAAAAAGAAAAAGAGGAUACACUCGGUACAUGGGGAAAACUUUUUCAACAGCUCUGCGUAAUUUUAAUAGUCUCAACUGAACUUGAUGAAAAGUUGUUUCCAGGAAGGGACGGCCUCUUUUCCCUAGCUAGCUUUGCUCUAACUUUCAGGACAAACCUCAACUAUGGCGAAAAAGUAUGAUUUCCUUUUCAAACUGUUGCUCAUCGGGGACAGCGGAGUGGGUAAAACAUGUCUGAUUAUUCGCUUCGCUGAGGACAACUUCAACUCUACAUACAUCUCCACUAUCGGCAUCGACUUUAAAGUAAAAACCAUCGAUGUGGAUGGGAAGAAAGUGAAACUGCAAGUCUGGGACACAGCGGGCCAGGAGAGGUUCAAGACCAUUACUACAGCCUAUUACAGAGGAGCCAUGGGCAUUAUCCUGGUGUAUGACAUCACAGAUGAGAAGUCCUUCGAAAACAUCCAGAACUGGAUGAAGAGCAUUAAAGAGAAUGCAUCAGCUGGGGUCAGUCGAAUGUUACUGGGUAAUAAGUGCGAUAUUGAAGCUAAGCGUAAGGUUUCCAAGGAGACGGGAGAGAAGUUGGCUAAAGAUCACGGCAUCAGGUUCUUUGAGACAAGUGCAAAGUCCAGCAUUAACGUGGAGGAGUCUUUCCUGGCUUUGGCUAGUGACAUACUACAGAAAUCCAGCAAGAAACCAGGUCCUACAGGCAGAGAGGUGAAAAUCACGAGCAGUACAGAGAAGAAAACCUCCAAAUGUCUUCUUCUCUAGAUACUAUGCUGGAUGCCACACAUACAAAGCACCAAUCAAAUUUGAGAAUUCAUCAGUAUUACUGCGGAGAAAUGCAAGGCAGCAGGUUCUCUGUCUCCAACUGGUGGGUUUCUAUAUCAAAUGCAAACAGUUUUUUUAAAGGAUGUUUUUUAUGUAAGAAAUACUUGUAUUUGUAUGCGCUUUCCCCAUUGGAGUAUUUGACUCUAAGAUAAGUUAUGAAUUUCUCUUUUGAAUUGAAAUGUUUGUCUGUAUUCAUACUGAACAAAUCUUCUGCCACAUCCUCCAGCCAAGUUGUUCUGAAGUAAUUCGACUGGUUCAAAGCUAUCAGAUUGGAUUAAAUCUUAAAAUCAGGUUGUUCAAAAGGAAGAAUUAUAAUGUAAUCAAACUACAUCAGGUAAUCCAAUCCUGGUUUUAAUCUGGAUAAACCCCCCCAGUUUGUGUUCAGAACUUUUAAGCAGAAUUAGAAUCACUUGUAUCCAAAAACCAGGAGCAGAGGGCUGGAUUCUGGUAGAAUUGCAGAAAAAAUGUAAGCAAGUGAUUAAAUUGGUCAGACAAUGCAAUGUUUUAAGGCCUCGCUACGUUUAUUUUGCACAAGUAUGCUGCUUUUGCUUCAGCAACAAUGUGGAUAAGGAUCACGUCAGGGUAUCAGGAUUAACUUCCCCUAUUUUCUCUUCUUGUAAAGUGGGGUCAGGUUUUUCACUGAGCUGUUUCCACCAAUAUAUAUGGCUUUUAUUUCUCUGCACCAUGUUAUCACCCCUGAAAUACUCACUGCUCAAAGUCUUAAGAGAACUUCAUAUGUACUUUCUACAUCUUUAUUGAAGUGGUUGAUAUGUGAAAUACUCCUUUUACUGGUGGAUAAAUGCACAUUUUUACAUGUGAGCACAUUCAGGAGUAGCAUUGAUAGAGACGCUACAGAGAAGGACAAUGAUGCUUCAUGUUUUCAUUUUCAGCUGUUUACUUUCAAUCCAAGUGGCCACAGACAGAUUCUGUUUAAUGGUUCAAAUACUGGACACGAUUGUAUGGAUGUAAGGGUACUACACAGCUUAAUUAAAAUCGAUAUAAAUAUGGACAAUUUAAGUGUAUUUUUAAAGAAUAUCUCAAUUUGCAAUCCCACUGAGGGCGGUAUCUGCUUUGAGUUGCCUUGUUUAAAGUCAGUUAAAGUAGAAGUAGCACUUAUCAGUUGUUUUUUAUCAAGAAAAAAUAUCUACUUUUAUUAGUAACUUUGCAAUAUUUAAACAAUUCAUUUUACCAACAUAUGAUAACAUGGAAAAAGGAUAUUUUACAUUUUGCCUGAGAACUGAACUAAAAAAAUAUCAAAUGUAUUCAUAAAUUGACUUUCGUUUCAUGUCUGCAAAAAUUGGAAAGCUGCAAAAACAAGAAAAAACCCCUGAUAAAAUCAUGCUGUGAACCCAGUUCUUUAUUUGUAUCAUAUUAGACUUUGAGUUACAUCCCUACAUGAUUUUGCAUCAGUUGAUAAAUUAAUUCCCAUAACACACUGUUAGUUAUGAUGCAUUUUCACUUAUGUCCAAUCGUUGUUUGAAAUUCAGCAAUUUCUUGAUAAAAUAACUGAUAGGUUGGUGUUACAAUUUUUCUCGUAUUGUAUUAAUUUUGUUUUUAAUUUGAUUUGGAUUUUGAUAUUUUUGAUUUUGCUGAGAUUUGACAGACUUAGCUUGAUGCUUAAAUGUUUGCAAAAUGCAGCUUACCAUUUAUUUUAUUUACUGAUGAGAAUUUGUCAACAGUAUUAUAAUCCCUUCAACAGAAUCUAUAUAAUUUCACUGAAAAAAAACUAAUGUUAAAGUACUACUUUAUACCAUAUACAGUAAAAAAAAAUCUGUGGAAAUUGUGUAUAAAUAAAGGUUUUGCAGUGUCCCAUAACUGUGUUUUACUGUACCAUUCAAGGUCUGUAAUAGCAAAUAAAUUCUACUUUAUUCUAUAUAAAUUUCA